AUGUUCAAGAGAAUGGCCGAAUAUGGGCCUGACUUCGGCGGGAGAGUGAAGGGAGUUAGUAUCGUUAAACCAAUAGUUUAUGGUAAUAUUGCUCGCUAUUUUGGAAAGAAAAGAGAAGAAGGUGGUCAUACCCAUCAGUGGACGGUAUAUGUAAAGCCAUACAGAAAUGAGGAUAUGUCAGCAUAUGUGAAGAAAAGCCUGUUUAAAUUACAUGAAAGCUAUGUCAAUCCCUUAAGAGUUGUUACUAGACCUCCAUAUGAAAUUACUGAAACAGGAUGGGGUGAAUUUGAAAUAAUCAUCAAAAUAUUUUUCAUUGGCCCUAAUGAAAGACCUGUCACCCUCUAUCAUUUAUUAAAACUAUUCCAAUCAGACACCAAUGCCAUGCUGGGGAAAAAGACAGUGGUUUCAGAGUUCUAUGAUGAAAUGAUAUUUCAAGACCCAACAGCAAUGAUGCAACAGUUAUUAACAACAUCUCGUCAGCUAACAUUAGGAGCCUAUCAGCAUGAAACAGAAUUUGCAGAACUUGAAGUGAAAACCACAGAAUAAUUAGAAGCUGCCAAGAAAAAAACAAGCUUUGAAAUUGCAGAAUUUAAGGACAGAUUAAAAGCAAGUCGUGAAACUAUAAAUUGUCUAAAAAAUGAAAUUAGAAAAAUUGAAGAAGAUGGUCAGACAAAAGACAUAUAG